AUUCUGCCUCACCGGCACGAAACUACAAACACGGAGAGCAUGGAUUCCAAACGUGUGAUGUCGUUCUGCCGUCUCCCUUUCUCUCUCUAACUUCUUAUUCCCGCUUCAACUCCAAAGAGGGUGAGAGAGAGAGAAAGGGGUGCUGACUGACAAGUUGGAGAGAGAGAGAGAGAGAGGUGGUGAGUUGCAGAUUAGAGAGAGAGAGAGGGAGGGGAGCAAUGGCGUCGUCUGAUUGGGGACCAGUAGUUCUUGGGGUUCUGUUAUUUAUACUGUUUUCUCCUGGUUUGUUGUUUGAGUUGCCUGGAAAUACGAGGCAUGUGGAGUUUGGGAGCAUGAAAACCAAUGGAAAAGCUGUUGUGGUUCACUCUCUCAUCUUCUUCACUGUCUUCACCAUACUCAUCCUCGCUGUGGGUGUACACAUCAACGCUGGUUAACCAAAUCUCUCUCUAGAUUUCUCAUUUAUUGAUUUCUCUCCUCUCUCUCUAGGUUUCUCUAUCUCUCUCGGUUUCUCGGUGAGUUGCUCAGUCUAUCCUCUCUCUGUUAUGUCUGUUAUGUUGUUCUGACCUCUCUACUCCCCUGUUUCCAUUUCUAUUUCUUUUUUUUCCUCUCUCUUGACAAAAAAAAAAAAAGGGAGAGAUACAAAAAAUUUGUGUCUCCAAUUAUGUAUCGGACGAUUAUCAUUAUCAAUAUACUUUUCUUCUUUCAUAA